AUGAUAAGUGCGAUUCAACAACGCAACCAACGUCUCGAUGCAAAUUUAUAUUCGGAGGAGUUUGAGAAGGUUUUUGAAACCCGCCUGCCACACUUUUACGCGACAGAGCAGAUCAAAUACCCUCCAAGUGAUUGCGACAAGAUCUUUGCGUCGUGUUGGGUGAGCGAAGAUACCGUUGCGACAGGGACGAAAGACAAUUCCCUGUCACUGUGGAAUGUUUACUCAAUGAACGUCACAAAACUCAAACUGCCAAAUACUCGGGUGAACUACGACAGAGGGAGUGGAAUACACGACGUAGACUUUUGGCCGGUUGGUGACGCCGGUUUGUUGGUGAGUGGAAGUGACUCCCCAAACGACAUCGUCGUUUUUGACACGAAAAGAGAAACACCUGUGUCUCUUUUGAGAGGACACGACGACUGGGUUUUUGGUUCCAAGUUUGUUGACAACAACGUUGUUUUUAGUGGAGGAAGAGAGGGUAAGUUGUGUUUUUGGCAGGUCGACCAACCAAACAACAAGGGCGACAACAUGCCAAAGCUCCACAUCCAAUCACCCUAUGAAACAAAGACGAUCGAAGGUGUGAAGAUUCGAUGUGUGGGCGUACAGAAGGCCAAAAAAGAGUGUUACAGUUUGACGUCGGAUGGUGUGGUCGGUAUUUGGGAUGCACAAACAACGACUCUUAUACACAACGAGCAACUUGAAGACACGUACGAGUUAGUCGCGAUGGACGUGAAGCAAGACAGCUCGUACAUUGCUGUUGGGUCCAGGAGCUUUACAACUGUUUUAGACCCGCGCGAAAAACGGGAAGUCGUUGUGAUUGGCCACGUAGAUAUUAACUGGGGAGUGAGGAGUGUGUUGUUUUUGGACAACUAUCUCGUGAUAGGAGGAGGAAGCGGCAGCGUUUCGUUCGUCGACAUGAGGAAGGCAGGAGAUUACAAGCACACGGUAUACCACAAAUGCAGUGGUGUGAUUAGAAACACGUUUCCCGACAUGACCGAGUCAGACAUCCCCCAAGCCGUCUACUCGGUUUCUGCAAAUCUCUCGAAGACGAAUCUGUUUGUUGGUGGAGGACCCUUACUUGUUGGGGUUUCUGGGUAUUUUGGGUCUGUGUGGAAUUAA